CCAGGGACAGGUUUAGUGGUCUGCGGUAGACCUUCGGAAGCAAUUCGGCGGCAUUGCACAGCGCCUUUGGUGGAAUUAUAUCAACACUCAACGAAACGGUUUUGUUCACAUCCAACACAGUCGCAGUUCCACAACAUCUACAGUACAAUGUCCGCCCAUCCUUCUCCAGACCCAUUUCAACCCAUGACUAUGUCGCCAUCUUCUAGUGUUCAACACUCGCCCCCUGUUGAUCUCAGACGUAUGACGUCCAAUUCGACACUUCUCACCCCCCAGAAAGAUUCAACUAGGGAACAUAGACUCUCAACUCACACUUCUCAGCACUUGAACACAAGAAUGGGCUCUCGCUCACCUUCUUCAAUUCCUUCAUCACCGACAUCUGCCCACUCAUCGUCAUCCGCAAUUUUCGAGCGUGAUAUUGAGCCUAUGCACCCCCCUUCUCCCCCUUCUCAUCCGAAUCCCCAUCGCAUCGCGCGUGCAAAAGGCACCGAACAACUCGAGCACAGCGUACCUUCUGUGCUCGAUAGUGCUGCUUCAAUUCUUGCAGCUUCCUCUCCCAUGGAGGAAGAUCACAUUUCCGUCGUUAGUCCUUCGCGAGAUCGUGAUCGCCUCACUACCAGCGGUUUUGCUAGCCCAAUCGGUAGCUUGAGAAGCAGGAGUCCGAGUCCAACGGGAAGAACGAGCUUGUUGCUGAGCAUCCCGGUUCAGCAGGGGCCCAUUACUCCCCUAAAUCUUUCUACGCCGGUCACGUUUCCCUCAAAACAGUGUUCGAGUAGCAAGGCGUCUGCCGCACCUUCUAUCAGCACGCCUGCAUCUGUAUAUUACUCCACGCUCUCAUCAGUCGAACCAUCACCUACAACCACGACUGCGGAGCAUCCCUCUGCUGCGCUCCCCCCCAUUGCCAUCUCGACAUUGUCACCCUCAUCGACCUACACAUCUUCACCUUACUCGCGUCCCAUUACCAUCUCCCAUCCCCCGUCCCCUACGCACGGGCCCACUAAGCGUCUCUCGUUUAUGAGUUACGCAGAUCUGCUCGCAUCGACGCCCGCAUCAAUGGUUCCAUUGUCGUCAUUCACUACCUGCGCAACUCCCGACCCGCCACCUCAUAUUCCAGGUCGAAGGCGUGACAGCAUCGCCAUGCUCGAUGAUGUCGGUGGCGAGUGGCAGCGCGAGGGUCUCGGACAAGGCCUCGAAGAAAGAUUAGAGGCCUUGAUGAUCGUCCCUAGCAAAGCAUAA